AUGAAAGAUAAGCAGUCAGUGAAGAGUAGCAUCCCCCAGAGGGUGCUCAGUGAGCCGACCCUCAUCACGGCUGGGCCCUAUAGGAAGGCCCCGAGUUGGUCGAUGACGAGGCGGCCUCCACAUCAGAACAAGUCGGCAAGUCAGCGAUCCCCUGGUCCGGCAGCAUAUACAUUACAGUCGACUAUGAUGGAGGGAUGUACCAAAGGAGGCUUCGGUAGCAAAACCGCUAGCCGUUUUACUACCACACCUUUGCGACAUCGUAACCCCGGCCCGACUGACUACACCCCAAAACUAGCUGCAGAGGCACGAGUUUUCAACCCCAGUUCAAAGCUGUACACCCUACCAGCGGCCGGACGUAAUGCUGCUAAUCACACGCCAGGCAAUGACUCUCCCGGUCCGGCACACUACUUGCACAGUCAUAAAAACAUUGGAACCGACACGAGGAGGGCCGGCUUCGGCUGGGCUGUUGGCCCUGGUAUGGGCCAUCAUGACCUCUCACUGAGGUCUCAUAAACCAGGACCAGACCAAUACACCAUCAAGAGUAUCUUCGAACGCAAUAUAGAUGCAAAGAGAGGUGCCGGCAUUGGGUACGGCCCUAGGGGGCGAGGAAUGCUCGGGGGCCUCGACAACUCAGGUCCUGGUCCCGGCGGAUACGAGCAAACUAGGGAGAUACCGGGCCCGAAGUGGAGUAUGGGUCGUAGGAUGGAAUACGAGAGGGAUUUCUGGAAGGGCCUCGAGCCGAGCCCGUUGGCAUACUCUUUCACCCAGUUCGAGAGUAAACGGAAACACUAA